GAGUUACUUCGCUUGAGAGCAUCACCAGUGACACUUCCUAGAACCAUGUGGCUCAAGAAAUCCGUGACCUUCCUCGUCCUCGUGCUAAUGAUCUUCAAUUUGGAAGUAAACAGUGCUACUGUGAACUGCGGAGUGCUCCAGAGAGUGACCAAUUCCUCCUCUUCCCUCUCGUCUUUCCACGUUCCUUGGCAUGUUGGAAUCUUCACCAAUGCCACCGAAAGCACGGGUGUGACCCACGAACCCGUGACUGUCAUUAAGUGCGGCGGAACUAUUAUCAACGAGACAACAAUCAUCACCAAUGCGAGAUGUCUGUGGAGCGACAAAUACGGACACAUUGGCAAUGCCUUCGACUUCUUCGUGGGCAUCGGAAGGAAGCAGGACCUUUUGGCCAUUCGCCGAAUCCACGUUCUCAGAGGGUAUGAACCUUCUGGCGAUUACUCGAAAAGCGUCGCUCUGCUGGAAUUGCGAGAUCCAGUUCGAUUCGAAGAAAACAACGUAGAGCCCAUUUGCUUAGAUUUCAACGCCUCUGAUCAUCGACCAGCAAACUGGACGGGAUUCGUGGUGGACGUCCGCGAAGAGCAUCCGCAGCAGAUUCUCAGCUUCACCGCCCUCAAUGUGCUGAACGUGCCUCAGGAGGAGUGCGGCCAGAUUCUGCCAGGAGACAUUUCUAGGGACAAGUUCUGUGUGCGCCCUGUCCAGAAGGACACAGCGGCGUGCACCGAGGAUAAUGACAGGCGGUCAGGAAGCGGUCUUGUGGACGCGAAGGUCCUAAACGGAACGGAGACGUUCUUCCUCAGGGGCGUCGUGACUUUCAGCAGCGUGAGCAGCGGAAGCGCCUCUGGACGUCACUGCUCUGGUGUGAUCGUUUCCACGAGAGUCUCAAAUUACGCCACCUUCGUCCGGGGAUACUAGAGAGCGCCCAGAAGUCGCAAAAUAUCGGAUGACUGUAUCCUCAAUUUGGGAGAUUAUUAAAGAAUCAUUUGGCAUGAAUCUCCCAGCAUGAGUUUUAUGAGGAACUUGUUGAGCUCCAGAGUGGAAAUUUGUUUCAAUUAACUCCACAUCAGGGAGAAAUAGAGGAAGUUUCUCCAUUCUUGAUUCAACAUCCUUGUUGUGAAGUGUAUUUUGAAAUGUAACUGAAUACACAUUCAGCAAGCGGCUCUCUAUUUCAGUGUUCUUUGCAGCCACCUUGAAAAAUGCAUAUUCCCGGGAAAUGACAAAAUACAGA